AUGGCUCACCAUCACCAAGCCAAACGCCCAUACAAUGGCUCUCAGCCAGCAAUUACAUCCUACUUCUCAUCCAACGGAACCUACACACACUCCUCUUCACACGCCCCAGACACACGGCCCCAACCACCCGCAACCGUUCAAUCAAACCUCCUCAGCGUAGGCAUGCGAGUUCGCAAAAGCGUCCCGGGAGGCUACAAGACCGGCUCUCCCUAUUCCUCCUUUGCUCUAUUCUCCGACCCCUCAAUCAAGAACCCAGAAUCGCAGACCUCGUCACCUAAAAUCAAGAAAGGGAGCCGGCCACGCGCAAGAGAACUCACGCCCUUCUGUGGGAUCCUGAAAGUUGGGGGAAUGGCCCAACAGGCAUGGGGAAUUUACAACCCGUCUGGCCACGGUCAGGAAUACGACGAAGCGCACAUGUCUACAGAAGAAGAAGACGAGGAUGAAUGUCCAUUUCUAAGUCAAAGCUCUACGAUUUCUUCAUCUUCGGUUCAGACGCCCGUGGCCAAAUACCCGAUUUUUGGGAACCAGAAUCCGGGGAAUAAAAGAAGGUUUGAUGAAGAUGAAGUGGAUGUUAUGGUUCACCAUUCAGGGUUUGGGGAUCGUAUUCUCGCGAAACCGAAGCGGAAGAAGGGGGAAUUGAACACAAAGUUAGGGAUCGGGCGUGUCCCCGUUAUGGGAUUUGGACAGGAGAACGGAGCUGGGGAUUUUGAAGAUGCUGAGUUUUUGGAUUAUGAACUUGCUGGAGAGGUGGAGAUGGGUGGUGUAUAA